CCAGCUGAGCAGGGGACAGGGCAUCACCUGGCAGGAGCCACUCGCAGAGGAAUCCAGCCCCGCUGAUCUCACUGCAGGACCUGACCCGCCUUGAUUGUUCAACCCGAGCGUGUGGCUGCUUGUGCACGGAGGAGAAGCUCUGCAGGAGCUGUUUGCCAGACUCACCCAGUGACUGGGAGCAGAGCAAACCACCCUUCCCCUCCCCUCACCGCUCAGCGCCGCGGACACAGCCUGGGCACGCAGGAGGGCUCCAGACUCGCACCAGGACAGAGAAUCCCUGCUGCCAAAGCUGCCUGGGCACGGCCACCUCCAUCUGGCCCUUUCCUGGCUGGGCAGCCCUGGGACAUCUCAUCGUGCCACACAACCCUCCCUGGACAAGGGGACCUUGAUUGUCUGCAUCCCAUCACAGCCCUGGCUAUGCCCCAAGCUGGGCACUUCCCACCCCACAGCCCCCGCUGAGCGGGGAAGGAGUUUGAGCCUCCCCCAGGUUGGGUAACUCCGUUCUCCACCAGCCACCAUGGACUGGAAAACCCUGCAGGCACUGCUCAGUGGGGUCAACAAGUACUCCACAGCCUUCAGCCGCAUCUGGCUCUCCGUGGUCUUCGUCUUCCGCGUGCUGGUCUACGUGGUGGCGGCCGAGCGCGUCUGGGGGGACGAGCAGAAGGACUUUGACUGCAACACGAGGCAGCCAGGCUGCGCCAACGUCUGCUACGACCACUUCUUCCCCAUCUCCCACAUCCGCCUCUGGGCCCUGCAGCUCAUCUUUGUCACUUGCCCUUCCCUCCUGGUCAUCAUGCACGUGGCUUACCGGGAAGACCGCGAGAGGAAGCACCGGGAGAAGAACGGAGAGGAUUGUCCCAGGCUCUACAGCAACACGGGCAAGAAGCACGGGGGGCUGUGGUGGACUUACCUGCUCAGCCUCUUCUUCAAGCUCAUCAUCGAGAUCCUGUUCCUCUACCUCCUCCACAAGAUGUGGGACAGCUUCGACUUGCCGCGGCUGGUCAAGUGCUCCGACAAGCCCUGCCCCAACACCGUGGACUGCUACAUCGCUCGGCCAACCGAGAAGAGAGUCUUCACCUAUUUCAUGGUGGGAGCCUCCUCCAUCUGCAUCGUCCUCACCGUCUGUGAGAUCUUCUACCUCAUCUUCAAGCGGGUUGUGCGGAGCGCGCGGAAGUGGAAGAAGUCUGUCAAGCGCUCCGUCAGCUACAGCAAGGCCUCCACCUGCCAGUGCCACCCAAAGAUGGAGGAGAAGGACAACAAGUCCCAGACUAGGUGUGUGGCAGCUCUGUGGGACUCAGCUCCCAACUGGGCUGCUCUCUGGCCGGCUUCGGCCCGGGCGUCCCGGCCGUCCCCCGGAGUCCCUUUUAUCCUCCACAGCCCCGAAGAUCUGCGGGGGUCCCCGCUGGUCCCGGCUGUCCCCGGGGAAUGCUCCACGCCUCCACCACCCCCGAUCCCCAAGCUGGAGCCACCCCCUCGGCCGGGGGCAGCGAAGCGGAGCGGGGGCGGCCCCGCACACCUGCGGCACAGCCCCCGGUUUCCUGCCCGCGCUCCUCCCCCGGCUCCCCCCGGGCCCCGCACGGCCAAAGCCGUCCGGCCCGGCCCGGCCCCUCACACCCAGCACGACCCGAACCAGGCGGGACCUGUCCGGAGCGGCGGAGGUGAGUGA